AUGUUUUCCAAACUCAUCAACCCCCCUACAAUCCAUGGGUCCUCGACAACUUACUCGCAUGUCCAAGCUACCGGUAUCUCGCCCACAUGCACAUUCAUAACCAUCGCUGGUCAGGUUGGAUUGGACUUUAAAACUGGCGAAGUUCCAAGCUCCCUUGCGGAGCAAAUUCAAGUCGCUUUACAAAACCUGAACGAGCGUCUCAAGUCUGCGGGUGCCACCCCGGCAAAUCUUACCAGCCUCACACAUUAUGUGGUUGACCUAGACCCCAACGAUACCUCAAGGUCGGAGUUGGUUGUCAAGUUUCUAGCUGGCCACCGCCCACCAGGAACGCUGGUGGGGGUGGCGGCCCUGGCACACCCUUCGGUGCUGUAUGAGGUUCAAGCCACUGCAAUCGUGCAUAAGAGGUAG